AUGAUACCGCGACAAGGCUAUGCGCCAACGCCGCACAGCUAUGUUCCGAAUACGAGCCUAUCCGCGACUAUAAACCUCGACGAGGAGGUCAAACUGACUGAGACACGUGCUGAGCGCGAUCUCCAAGACUCCCUCGGCGAGCUAUUCAGCAUCAUCGUCACUCUCGACGAGCUUGAGAAGGCAUUCCUCAAAGAUGCAAUCCCGGAAGCCGAGUACACCGAGAUAUGCGAGCGAUCGCUGAGGCAGUACAAGGCGCUCCUGGCCGAUGAAACCAUUGCAAAGGAAUUCGAGGGCCUGGAGGAGUUCAAGGCCAAGUGGGAUCUUGAUGCUCCUCGUGCUACUGAGCGCCUCCGCGUCGGUAUGCCUUCGACGACCAUGACGGCUGCCUCCUCGGGUCCAACCCCCGCUCCCUCAGCGGCCAACAAUACCAGCGGCGUGCUGAUUCUUGAAGCCACGCAGGAGUUUAUCACGUUCCUCGACGCCGUUAAGCUCGGCCUGCUCUCCAAGGACCAGCUACACCCGCUGCUGUCAGACGUCAUCCAGUCGGUCAACCGCGUCACAGACAAGGACUUUGAGAACCGGGGCAAGAUCGUGCAGUGGCUCAUCACCCUCAACCAGAUGAAGGCUACCGAAGAGCUAGGCGAGCAGCAGGCCCGCGAGCUCGAGCUGGAUAUUCAGCAGGCGUACCAGGGCUUCAGACGGACUUUGACAUGA